GCACAUUAGCAGAUUAGCAAUAGUGUAAUCUACCACUGCAGAUGUGGACCUCAAAUAAAAGUAAAAUGUUUUGAUUUAAAAUGGAAAAUUAGAUCAUCAAAAGCUAGGUGUACGAAUGUUUUUAAAGUUUCAGAAAAAGCACAAAAUCAGGAAUUAGCUCUGCAAUUAGCGCCCUAGCCCAUGUGCUCCCACUCCUGUGUUCUGCUCUCGCUCUGCAGCGUUCUGGGUGUUCAGGACGGGUUCGAGUGCUACGAGGUUCAAGCCUGCGUCAAGGACUACUGCUUCGGCCGCGCCGACUGGGUGGUGGGCCUGGCCGUGGUGCAGCUGAGGGACAUCAUGGAGAGGGGCAACUGCGCCUGCUGGUGCCCCCUGGGGCAGCGCAUCUCCAUGGACGACACGGGCCUGACCGCCAUGCGGAUCCUCUCCCAGCGCUCCAACGACGACGUCGCCAAGGAGUUCGUCCGGCUCAAGUCCGAGACCCGAUCAGCAGAGGAGGGAAGAUGAGGCUCUGCUUGAUGCAGUGGCACUGCUUUGACCUCUGACCUGUCUUGGCUGCUGUGUAAAACCUCACCAGCUUCCAGUGUUCUUCAACUUCACAUUUUUUUAAGUCUCGUCCGCCUCUACUGAGGAGACAGAACCCAUCCAGAACCUGUCAAAGGGCCGAAUAAGAACCCACCCGCCCCGAGUGUUCUUGUGCAAUAAAUCCAACCCACCCCUCCCAAAGUGUGGCCAAGUGGUUCAAGCCUUACACUCUGCAAGCUGUGAAUGUGUGUUCAUGUAAAAGGAAAGAAAUCCCUGUUUUUAAUGAACACAAGUCAAAUAUUUCACUUCACUUAGCAAAGAAAAACUACAAAUCACAAUUUGUUUUCUAACAGUUUGAGCAGGAAAAUGCCUUGUCAUGCAGAAACGAUGCUAAUCCUCGUUUUCACAUGAAAAAUGUUUGAAUUUAACUCAUCGCUUCAUUUCAUCCUCUAUUGGUAGUAAUUUUUAUUUCUCUGUUUUCUGCAUGUCAUGACCAUUUUAUUUAUAUUUUUGUAUAUUUAUUUCCCUUUUA